AAAGCAUGGGCUUACUACAGUCCAUAUUUUGUUCUUUUGUCUUCUGUAUUGAAAGAGUGCUAACAUGGACCUGCUGCGCUUUUCUGCUGAUGCUGAUGAUGUUUGUGAUCAUCGUGCUGAUGGUGUACGGCAUAUCAGUUGGAUAUCAUUAUGCGCAAAAGGAACUUGCUUCUUUCGCAUUGACGUCCAGAACUACGACAGAACCUUCGAUAUUGAGACGAGCUGGCGGCGAUGAUCGACCAGUUGUACGACUGGUUGCAGUCAACCGAUCUGAGAAGCGGUCCGCACCGGAACCUCUUAUCGUAUACCAAACUAGAAGCCCAGGCGAAAACGUUUACUUGGAGACAUCUGAAACUCCAGUUGUGUUUCUUGAAACAGAAAGGCCACCUAAAGAACCAGAAUUAUCACAAAGUGAAAAAGAACUGACGCGGAGACUGAUAGGCAGAUUUCGCCGCUCGAGGAACACUACCUCCACAUCGGAACCAUUUCUACGUCCACUAAACAGCACCGAACCGCCUAUUCCAGCAGCUGCAUAGAAGUCACCACCUUUUGCAACAUAUUGUAUCUAGAAAUUAAAGUAUCGUGCGUAGUACUCAUAAAUAGUUCCGCUAUACUCUAUACUGGAUUCAUAGGUGUACGCUCGAAAAGUUCGACACACGUAAAUCCUUAUUCAUGAGCUUGUCGAAGGACGCAGCGCAGGCAAAUGACACCAAUGCGCGAGGCCGCUAAAAAUGGUUGAGGUUUGAGAAGGAUUUAUGCUGGUUUUUGACGCUGGGACCGAUGGCCAAGCAUGAGAAUUUAUUAUUCCCAUAAAUAUACAUUUAAUAAAUUGAAAUUUCACACGUAAACAAUCACUAUUGUAAAAUGAAACUCGUACGGAAGCUAUAAUUAGAUUAAAGAAAGAUUUGAUAGAUUUCUCGUACCCCUCUGUUUGAAUCUACAAUUGCUUUGUUGGCGCUGUAGGUAAUAAGAGUGUUCAGGGACUGAAAAGGUACCUACUCCUAUCUUUAUGUGGCGCUUCAAAUGGGGACGAACGCCAGUCCAGUUGUAUUGAGAGGUCAGUGUGAAAGAUGAUCUCGACAAAAUAAAACAUUUUCGGUGUAAAAAA